UAUAAGCCCCGGGACGCCCGCCAUCGACAUCACACAUUAAUAUUCUUAUCAAUUCCCAAGUCGACCGCGGGUUGAAGUUUGCAGAAGUUUCGCCGAAACACGCCAGAAACUAUCACACACAUCUCGAAAUGGCUUCUUUCAAGAAUCUGGUGAGUGACUUUGCUACCGACGACAUAAGACAUUGUAAUACACCCAUACGCGGUCCGUUUCACGAAAAUACGCCGAGUAUUUUCAAUAACCGGUAUACAGCACGUUUUCAGUGGACAACACAGUUAUUAAUUUAUUAUGAAUAUGAAUAGAAAAAGUGCAGUAGUAUUUAUUUUCCGAAAAUAAAUAUUUCUGCGAAAUACUGGUUAUUAUAUAUUUAUUACCGGGGUUGCGAGUUUGUAGCAAAAAAAAAAAAAAAUUGUACAAAAAAGUUUUUUUUUUACUCUUAUAAUAACGACGACGUAGGAAAAUAAUAUUACAAAAAUGACCUUUUUUUUUAAAAAAAAGAACUUCUUAUUUGAAGCGAUGUGCUCAUAAAAAUAUAUUAUUUAUCUAUAUUUACUAUAAAUGCAAAGUUUCAUUCCGACAUAUUUAUUAGUUAUGCGAUGGUAUUGUGUAAUAUUCAGAAUAUUGUAUUUCAACGCUAUUUUUGAAUUUUUAAAUAGAUUUAUUUGUACAUUUUUUUUUUUAUUAUUUAUUUGUAUGGGUUCGUGUUUUUUUUAUAUUUAAGUACAUAUUUAUUUUGUCUAAAUUUAAAUAAGUGAGGGAUAAACUAUCUGAGAUAAACAAUUGAUUCAUCUAAAUAUAUUUAUUUUUAUUUCUUUCUCUCGUAUACCUAAUUUAUAAAUAUUUGUUAAAAACAAAUGGAUAAAAUAAUUAAAAUAAUACAUAUUUGUAUAAUGUUUUAACAAAUGAAUUAUGAAGUUAAAUAUAUAGACAUCAAUCGCACAACAGUUUUGAAAUUUAGCUAUGCGCAAAAUUUUACAACUUUUAGCCCUAAUUAGGUAACGAAUAAAAAUUUGUUUUUUUUUUCAUCUAGAAAAAUUGUUAAAUCAUUAUAUCUAUUUUUUCUGGAAUUUAUGAAAUAUAUCCUUUUAGAAUACCGUCUGUAAAACAUGUGUUACUUUUCCGCGAAAUCGAUUAAAACCACAAUUAAGAAACAGUAAUAAUAAUAAAGUUUGUCUCAACAGAUAUUCUUCGCCUUGGUCGUAUGCACCUUUGCCGCCACCCAAGAAACCGAAACCGUGAGGGAGAAGAAACACGCUUACAUCGCAACCGCUCCGGCUCGUAAGUAACCUAACCUGAAAAUACUCGUGUUAUUACAUCGACUUCGGGACAGUGGCGUAUUUGCAGGGGUAGAUUAGAGAGGUUUAUUUUGUCAUUUGUUUAGGUUGACAUUUUUUUUCACUAGGUAUGCAUAUUAUCUGCCUAAGUAAUACCUAUUUUAAGUUCUGGGUGUAAUAAUGAAUGUAUUGGUCUCACAAAGAUAUUUAUUUUUUAAAUUUGUUAUACUGUUUACGAAAACUCUAUAAAAAAUCUUGCUCCGAAGUAUCAAGUACAGACAGUAUAGCACGUUUUUUAAAAGGGAAUUUCCUUGGGAUGGUACUUUAGAGAAGUCGUUUUUUGAUUUUCAAGGAGUUUCUCCAAUAAAUGGGGAAAACGGAGGGAAAAUGGAAAAAUGUACGAAAUGUAGGUAUUUUUAAAAAAAUGUUGCAGUUUUUUUUCCUGUGAACGACUUUUCUACCAGCAAUUUUAUUCCGAUUUGCAAUGAUAGCACUUUUUUUUGAAAGUAAAUCUGACUAUUGUGAUACUUAAAGGAAGGCUUUAUAUGAUUUUCUUAAAAGUUUUCCUAAUAAACGGGAAAACAUGGUAAAAACUGGCAGUAACGGGAAAACAGGUACAAUAUUAAACAAAUAUUGUUAAAGAAAAUAUAUAAUGCAUAUAAUGUAAUUAUUUCACCAUAAUGUGACAUAUAUAAUGUUAACAAAGCAACACUAUUAACCGAACUCCACUUAGAAUCGUUGUUCAUUUGUAAUGGUAAAUCGUUGCGUAGAUAUACAUUAAAUUUCCCCUCUACCUUCCCAACUUCACAUCUACAGUGGUCCACCCACGUAUACGGAAUAUUAUCAGUCUUUUUAAAUUCAAAUUUCUUUACUUUUCAAUCAGAGAAAUCAACAAUUUAAUGCGUUGGACUAUCUAUACAUAGUUAAUAUAUUUGAAAAAAAAAAUAAAGAAAAACCCUAAACGUAUACUCGUUUUCUAAUUUCAAACGAAACUUAUCCGCAACACUAUGCAAUACAUAAAGGAGAAGGUUAGAUUAUUAUAGUGACCGAAUAAGUACAUAUUUAAUUUCAAUACUCGUUUUAGGGCAAUUAUAAAUUAAUACAAAUUUCUCUUUUCGUUUCGUUUCGUUUAUUUUUUUUUAACCUGGGUAGGUAUAUGUAUAAUUUAUUAUACAUUGUAAAAACUGACACAUUUCCAAAUUCAAUACCUCCCUUCUCGGCAAAAUCCUGAUUACGCCACUGCUUCGGAAAGUCCCCCGAGUCUAUGGUUAUUAUUUUAUAAAAUGUAUUACAUUCGACUUGCGGUUGUUUUAUUUUUUUUUUUAAUUUAGCGGUUUUGGCUUACUCCGUUCCGGGCGCCUACCCGUACCACUACGCCCCGGUUCCAUACGUGGCCGCAGCCGCUAAAGCUUACGCCCCUUACCCGGCAAAAGCUUACGCCCCUUAUCCGGCGAUAGCGGCCUACGCCGCUUACCCGACCAAAACGUACGCGGCCCCGGGCGUCUACGCCGACGACGACGGCAGUUACUGGCCCGGCAAGUACCAAAACACGGCCGCCUACGCCUACCCGGCCGCCUACCACUACUGAAAAACGACCGCAUCCCGACACAAUAAUAUAAUUCCGGCCAGCGACAUAAAUAAAUUGCAAUUUGUUUUUUUUUUUCAACAAUAAAAAUGUGAUCUUUUUUUUCCAUAA